AUGGACAAUGGGGGUGACGAAGACAGGAACAGGGAAAGGCAGGCCGAAGAGGGAGGGAGAAAGAAAGGGGGCCGAGAGGGGGAGGGAGGGAGGGGAUGGGAGAGGAGAGGAGAGGAGAAGGGGGAGGAGGAGGAGAGAAGAGGGGGAGAAAGAGAGAGGGAGAGAGUGAGAAAGGGAGAAAAGAGGUCGUGGCAAUGGCAUAGAAGCAGAAGCUGCAGAAGAGGAGGGAGAAGAAGCAGCAGCACCAGCAGCAGCAGGCAGAAGGAGGAGGAGACGACGAGGACGACGAUCCGAGAAGAAGCCAAGCCAGGAUCCAGCAGCAGCAGCAGAAAGGAAGCAAGGGAGGGGAAGGCCGAGGGGGAAGGAGGGCCAGCAGCAGCAGCAGAAAGGAAGGAAGGAAUGGGGAGGCCGAGGGGUAAGGAGGGCCAGCAGCAGCAGAAAGGGAGGGAGAGGGGGAGGGGGAAGGAGGGCCAGCAGCGGCAGCACUCCGAAUGA